AUGAAAAUUCAGGUACAUUAUGAGGCUGGUAGAUUUUUGAAAAUGCUCUAUUAUAAGGAAGGCAAAUCUCAAAUAACAGUUGUGAUGGUUUUUUAUUAUACCUUGGGAAAAAUACACUUUGAGUUGCAAGAUUCAUAAACCCAUUUUGUUGCUGUGCAUUGGAGCUAGUUGUAAGUCCUUACAUACAUUUCUAUAAAAUUUUCAGGAAAAAUCUUGAGAUGGUAAUGAGAAAUGGAAAACACAAAUUUGCUGCAUUUGUGGAGUUGGGAGAAGCCCAUGAUCACAUGGAGAAACUAAUGGGUGAGGUUUGUAUACUGUUAUGACCACAAAACCUUUUCACCAUUAUCCAAGUAAACAAAAUAUCUUUUUAUCCUAACUUUGUAACUGCAGAGUGUAAAAUGUACCUGUUAACCUUACAGGUAAUGCUAAGCCUUCACUUGCCACACGCGUGCUGCAGUUCAUUUUCCUGAGUGAUUGCGGAUUUCGAUUUGCAAUAGCCCAAUUUCCUUCAGGGCACUUCUCCCCGACAGACAUCUAUUUAAGUUUUGGAAGGGAGUACAGAAGAUGACAGAAACAGAACUCAAGUAAUUAACAAUUUGUACAAUGUGCCCUUUCUUAAGUUAGUUACCACCAGCUAAUUGAACAGAUGUGAGAAAAAAAAUUACAUGGUGAGAUUUACUAGAGGAUUGUAGUAAUAAACAGUAGUGUAUCAAAAUUUCCUACUUAAACCAUAUUCUAUUAGAGCUUACUUAAUUUUCAUCAACAAGUACAAGUAGAGUACAAAAAAAGAUAACAAUAAUAGAUGUCAGUAGAUGUCUAGUAGAUAUAACUAUUCAUACCAUUUACAGCCUAUUUCCUAAUGAAGAUCACGCAUGUAGUGACAUUGCCUACAACUUAAGCAGCAUUCACAACUAAAAAAAAAAGGAAAAAGGAAUACAGAAGCAUUAUAUAAAACUCAGUCAAAAGUCAAAUAGAUACCAUGCCACUGAUUAACUCCAAAGUCUUCUUUAAAUAGCAUAUCAUGGUGUAUCCUUGAUGGUGCUGAUUGCAAUCACCAGUUUAUCAAACUGCAUUUUGACAAAGACCCUGUAGCCAGCAACUUUGUGACAAGAAAUCUAUACACAGGUCCUAUGAUGUUCAUCAUGGAUUGCAAGGUAAAAUGCUACUCUCCAUUUGCCGAUAAUUAACAUAAAUCCAUAAAUUUACCCAAUUGGAUGUUCCCUCUAUGAUUCACCUUAAGUUUGUAAAUGUACAUGUACUUUUUCCUGUCUGAUGUUAAGGCAUUAAACCAACACUUAACAAUACAUUUAUUAAAUUUUAUAACAUGAUUACAACAGGAAAGCAAGAAAUCAAAGAAAUCAAGGUACUCGAAUAUCAAAGGCAAAAGUGUGGUCUGGAGGCAGUGGAAAGAUGCUUUUCAUUGGGAUCAGUCCCAUUUUUCCCUUCUACUACAGGAAAAGCUUACACCAAGCCACAUUGAGCUGGAUCCUGCUACAAGGAUGAGAAAUCACUUGGGAGCAGAUGUUCUAGACAAAAAAAAAUGCUUUUCAUGAUGCCGGUUAGGAUUAUUAAAUUAACCAAUGGUUUCCUACCAGUGAACUAUUCACUGAUCAAUGUUUUUUUUUUUUUUUUUUUUUUUUACUCCCCAUUUCCUGAAAAAAGGCCACAGUCAAAAUACUGGUGAUAAAUGCUACUUAUUUUCAGCCACAUAUCUCAUUUCCUCGUAUAGUUAGUUAAGUUGCUGAAAUUCAAUUAUCCCUUUUUUAUUUUAUUGCAGAGUAAUUGAAAGGCCAACACUUUGACAAACAAGAAAUCAAUUUAUUUUAUUAACGCCAAGAAACACUUAAGUAAAUUGACUGCUAAGACCGCCAGCCACACUCAGUACUUCUGAAAGUGUGCAUCUGUCAAACUGCGAAGAAAAACAAAAAAAAAUCCGUGAUUUGAUACCCUAUCGUCCCGCAAGCCAUCAGACCAGUCACCUUCAACAGUACAGUGCACUGAGUACAACAAAGUGGUCAAGCCUUGGCUACUUUGUACUCGCUUUAUGGGAUUUUUUCCAGGUAAGUCAAUUAAGAGUGAUAUAGACAGUAUAAAAGUGACCGGGAAGCUAAGGCCCUGUUUACAAGGAGGUAGGGUAACCCUAGUGCUAGGGUUACCCUAGCAAGAGGGUUACCCUGGCACUCACACAUUUCCUCUUGUUUUCAAGACGACGCGUUUACAAGGCGGCCAGGGUAACCCUAGCUGCCUUGUAAAUGCUCUGCUAGGGACAACUCGCCUACCCAGGACAACUCUAUUUUGGCUCCCAAAAGCAAAACAUUAUCACAGUACCAACACAGUCAGCAAAUUGUGACCAAGAAAAUAUCAAUUUCUUUCACAAUUUGUCAUAUGUUUGCUCUGGAAAUAAUAUUUUUCCGGUUUUGUAAUUUGUUCUGUCGGUUGCGUGCUUUAUUUACAAGGUUAACCAAAGCGUAACGAGUGCAAAGUUGUCUCGGGCAGUAGGAUUACCCUACCUGUAAAUUUUGCUUGUAAACCCGGGCUAUCUUUUAACCCUCUUGCUAGGGUUACCCUGGCAGUAGGGUUACCCUAUCUCCUUGUAAACAGGGCCUAAGAUUCAGGGCCAGGUGAGGGGUCAAGUUCUCUUGUGUAAAACUGUUUUUCGUUCCUUAUAUUUUGUUACAUUAAGGUCUUCAAUUUGAGAAUUUAGAUGUUUUGAUUUUUUGUAUGCCUUGCGACUCGUAUGAUAGUUAUGUUGAAGAUUUGUAUCGUGAGGGUUUGUAUCUAUGUUUUUUAUUGGACAGCGUACUGAGGUUUUUUUGCAGAAGGGCGCAGUCUUUAUCAAACCAUAAUUUUUUUUCUUUGGUUUCUUUUUAAGGCAAACUGCUGUGAGAGAGCUUUCACCGUACACGCAUUCAACCACCAAGCCAUCCUCGCACAAGCAAUCACCAACCACACCUACCAAGCAGGCACCGACCACCGCUAUUGACUCUCGCUUUAUUUUUUUCGCAGUGAACUUUUUACCUGAUUUAUUUUAUUUUAUUCUAUAACAAUUAUUUUUUGGUUUUUUUGCUUUAUUAUUGUACUGCCUUUUUCUGUAUUGUUCUUUUACUUUUGCUGGCUCAGGAUCUGGGGAAACAACGAACCACCCGCCGCAACCAACAUUCCAUUGAGGGAAAGAUUGGGAUCACUACCCCCUGUUCCUGAGCAGCAGUGACAUUUUUUUAAAAACAUUCCAUUCAAAUUUUCUUUUCAUUUCAUUUCAACUUGCUGUAAAAUUUGCUUUGCUUUCUCUCCUUAUUCAAUAUGAACAGUCUUACGAAUUUCGAGCACAAUAUAUUGAUCAGUUCUCUGUAUUUUCCAGCUUCAUACAUAUAGUUUCUUAAUCAUUUUUGUUAGCGGACUCGUGUAAAUGUCAUUUCCUUGCACAUAGGCAAUUCCACAUGACUGUAAAUAAUAGAAAUAUUUAAAAACCUGUACUUCACUUAUCAAACGUUAUUUUUUUGGGGGGAGUGUGCGUUUGUUUGUGUGUUGUUCGCGCAAGAGUAGUGAUUUAAACCGUUUCGUGGUAGGCGAGUUUAAUUUUAACCUUUUUUGAAGACAGUAAAUUAAUAGAUAUGUUUAUAUUUUACAGGUCACUAUAUCGGCGUGCAACUGUUUUUUUUUUUUUUUUUUUUUUUUUUUUUUUGUGUGUGUGUGUGUGUGUGUGUGUGUGUCGAACUCAGUGAUUAGGCCACUACAGAUCCAGUUUUUUCUUCUUGAAGACACUUUUAUGGGUUUUUAUUUCCCGCUUUCUUCAAAUUCGCAUUUCGAAAUAGCCCGUGAACAUCCGCAAUACAGCCCCCGAGAACUUGCAUAUUCAUGACCAGUUUAAAGAAAGAGCAUUUUUUUUGUUUUGAGUUUAAAACACCGUUAAGCAAACGUAAAAUAUCCUUGAAAAAACUAGAGCUACGGCAGGAUUGAAGACAAAACCAAAGAUACGUUAACAUCGCCAAAAGUUUACACGAAAAUCCUUCUGUCGAACACUAACGUGAAGGACUGCACAGCUUUAUUUGACAAUAAAAUCCGCGCCAUGUUAAUUAAUGUUUGCAAAGCACAGUCGGUUAGGCACCGAACAGGCAGUCAGACGGUCUGAAAGUUCGUUUUAACAGUGUUCUUUUUUCGCUCACUCUUUUUUCUUUUCUUCUUCAACUCGGGAAAAGGCAAAGCUAUUUUGAGAGUUCAAAAAAAAAGAAAAAAUUACAACAUUUUCAUAAGAAAGAGUGAGCGAAAAAAAGGCAUUUUUUUAAAAAAAUUACUUAAACCCGUCCGUCUGACUGCGAGUUCAGUGCCUAACCGACUGAGCUAGACAGUUAGCUACACAGUCCAAAUUUUAUCGUGAAAUAAAACUGCGGUCCUUCACGUUAGCGUUCGACAGGAGCGUUUUCGUAUAAACUUUUGGCGAUGUCAACGUACCAAACUCUCAAAAUGGCCUUGCCUUUUCCGAGUUGAAAAAGAGAAGGACAAAAAAUGAGUGAGCGAAAAAAAAAAACGACAUUUGUUAAAAAGAGAACUUUACCGACCGGCUGACGGCGAGUCCAAUGCCUAACCGACUGUGCUACGAGAACAUUCGUUAAUACAACCUACAUUUUAUCGUCAAAUAAAGCUGCAGCAGUCCUUCACGUUAGCGUUCGAAAGGAACGUUUUCGUAUAAACUUUUGGCGAUGUCAACGUAUCAAACUCUCGAAAAUGGCUUUGCCUCUUCCCGAGUUGAAAAAGAGAAGGAAAAAAAAAGGGUGAGCGAAAAAAAAGACAUUUGUUAAAAAAGAGCCGUACCGACCGUCUGACUGCGAGUCCAAUGCCUAACCGACUGUGCUACGAGAACAUUUGAUUACGCGACUAAAAUUUUAUCGUGAAAUAAAACUGCGGCACUCCUUCGCGUAAGCGUUCGACAGGAGCGUUUUCGUAUAAACUUUUGGCUAUGUCAACGUAUCUUUGGUUUUGUCUUCAAUUCUGCCGUAGCGCGAGUUUGUUCAAGGAUAUUUUACGUUUGCUAAACGGUGUUUUAAACUCAAAACAAAAAACAUGCUCUUUCUUUAAGCUAGUUAUGAAUAUGCAAGUUCUCGGGGGCUGUAUUGUUUUGAUGAAACAAAAGGCUUCUUUUGUUUCGGCUUCAUUCAAUGAAAGCCGCUACGAAAUUCAAGGUUUUUUGCAUACGUUAUUUCUCGAAAACGAAGCGCAAACCAGUGAAAAAAAACCAAAACAGUGUAUAUCGAGUAAAACUAAGUCCACAUGCCAAAAUUCAACUACUUCUGAACACUUUCAAAAAUGGCCGAAAAAUCAAGGGGUCGUUCUUGCUCUGAGCCUUAUAGCCUCUAUGGAAGACCAAGAGCUUGACAAUGGAGCCCCCAUUCGCUCUGCGCAUCAACUCCUUCAGCACACUGCAGAAAUAGUCAACUUGUUCAACUUGAAAUGUCCACUAACAAACAUCAGUGACAUUAGGCUGAAAAAGUUGAACAGUUUUUAUUCUUUCAUGUUGGAUUGGAGAGAGAAGAGCACAGAUCACAAUUCAUCUUUUAUCUCCAGUAAAUUGGGGCUUGAUCUACAGUCAAUGUGCCUUGGCUUCCAUGCCCUGGUGCAAGUAAAACUGCAGUAUUUCCCAUACUCAUGCAUUAGGCCAGCCAUUGUCAAUCAGGAUUGUGUAGAAAACCACUUUUGUCAAGAAAGAUCUUGCAAUGGUCAAAACAAUAAUCCGACAUACAAUCAGCAACAAUCAAUUCAAAAUUAG